ACCAAUGCGAGUGUAACAAUCACAACCCGGAACUGUCGGAAAUGGCUCAAUCCUGCACGUCGGAUCUUGCGGGCCGGUCAAUUGACUGGUUGGCUAACUUGGUUGAGCGCCGAGACUUUUUAAGAGAAAGAAGAGUGAGGAGUAUGUGUAACAAGUACAAGGGCCAAAAGAAAAAAGAAAGUUCUCUCUUUUUUUGUUUUUUAUCUCUUUUCCUCCUCCUCUCUUCCAAUUCGUUCGAAUUGUUACAUGGACUUUUCAAACCUGAUAGAUCUGUCAAGUCUACAAAAUCGCACGGACACUCCUGUUGGGACUUCCAAGUUUCCGUUCGACCUUUGUCCUGGAAUCUUUGCUUGCAAUGACCAUCCACUUCCGGGCACACCUUUGUACAAUUCGAAAUCGGUGACCGGACUUCCUGCACAGCUUGUUCUUUGCGGUUCCGUAGGACUUUUAUGUUUUCUGACCUUUUGCUUUGCACGAACUCGAUGGAUGUCAAUGUACUCGCCCCGACUACGCAUGAAAAAACAUGCACCAGCAAAGCUGCCAACGUCGUUUCUGGGAUGGAUAUGGCCAGUAAUCAAAACUCCGCACUCUGUCGUGUUGGAGAAAGUGGGUCUUGAUGCCGUCGUCAUGCUUCAAUUUCUUUUGAUGGGUGUUAAAUUAUUUGGUUUAUGCGGCUUUUUUGGCACCGUCGUGCUGCUGCCUGUCAGCCGCAUGGGCGGCGAUCUACUGGGCAAUUCGACCGAUCCGGAAACCCCAGAAGAAGACGAACAAGAGAUUUCGUACUACUCGCCCUCUUAUCUAUGGGUGUACCUCUUUUUCACAUACUUUUUCUGCUUUGCGACGUUUUAUUUUACGUUUCUCAAUUAUCGCGACUACGUUCGACUACGACGCCAAUUCCUGCUGCGAGUAGCAAAGAAACUGCCAUCACGCACCGUGCUGGUUACUGGCAUUCCACAACAUCUCCGCUCAGAUCGCCAGCUUGCCACCUAUUUCGAGCAACUGGGCAUUGGUGUGGUAGAGUCUGUGCACGUUGUUCGUCACGUCGAUCGUUUGAUGGACUAUAUCAAGGAACGUGCGAUGUACCUGCGGUUACUGGAGAGUGCGUAUACAAAAUACUGGGGCAACCCGUGCAAGGAUACAUCGUAUGAUCCAGAGCAACUGCUAAGCGAAGCUGAACGGGACAAUUCUUUACUGAAGCCAGUCGAUUGGGCACCGGAUACUUUGGCGAACACCAAAGCAACUACGACUAUAACAGCGUCAGGUAGUAGUCAUAGCAACGGCGGAUCUAGCACAGCACUGCCGUCGUAUAGCAACCACACGAACAACAGCAAAAAACAGAAACGUCCCAUGAUACGGCCUGGUUUUAUGGGACUCUUGGGCAAGCCUGUCGAUGCCAUUGAAUAUUACACAAAGAAAUACAACGAAAUAGACGAGAUUGUACAAAAGGCACGCAAACACGGCAAGUUCGUUCCUACCAGUGUUGGUUUUGUCACUUUUGAGCAUAGUGUUAGCGCAUGUGUUGCUGCUCAGGUGCUCAUAGACUCGACGCCGUUCCGAUUACAUGCAGAAUUGGCUGCAGAGCCACGUAAUGUGCUGUGGGAGAAUAUCGCAAUGCACGGACGCGAGCGGACGAUCCGCAAAGUAGUGAUCUUCUGUAUCUUGAUGUUCCUCGUCUUUUUCUGGGUUUUUCCAAUAUCCUACUUUUCGGCACUGACCAGUGAACGAUCGCUACAAAACUAUUUCCCUUGGUUGAUGGAUUUGGCGUCCAAAAACAAGAUACUCCAUCAGAUUGUUGUGGGUUUCUUACCAACCCUCGCUGUGGUUGUGUUUAUGGCUAUUCUGCCCGUCAUUGUGAAUGUCCUCAGUGUCAUUGAAGGAUUUCAAUCCAGAAGCGAAGCAGAGGAGUCCAGUUUCAGCAAGCACUUUUUCUUUUUGUUGUUCAAUCUACUGCUCGUAUUUACAGUCACAAGCACGCUUUUUAAGACACUGACGGAUAUGAUCGAGGAUCCCAAGCAGAUCGCUAAUAUACUCGCAUCCAGUUUGGGACAGGUCGCACCAUUUUUCGUCAACUACACCGUGCUGCAAUGUUUGAUGUUGCUCCCAUUGCAAAUGCUACAAAUAGGUGCUGUGAUUCUCCAAUUGUUCUGGCGCUUGCUUUGCAGAACCCCUCGUGAUUAUGCAGAAGUGUCGGCACCACGCAUGUUCAACUACGGCUGGGGCUAUCCUGCGCCAGUGUUUAUGUUUAUUGUACUGCUAGUCUAUUCAACAAGUGCACCAAUCAUUCUUAUCUUUGGUACGCUGUACUAUUGCUUCGCCUACGUCGUAUUCAAAUAUCAGCUCCUUUAUGUAUUCUUUCAUCCAUACGAAGUCGCCGGACGCAUGUGGCCGCGCAUCUUUUCCCGUAUCAUCAUCGGUCUACUGCUCUUUGAGACCAUGUCUAGCGGAUUAUUUUUGCUUCGAAAAGCGUAUCCGCUCGCUGUCUUGUGCUGGCCUCUGAUACUAAUAACUAUUGUUUUUAAACUGACCAUGGACGCUGCCUACCUGCGCAGCACACGUGUGUUACCCCUCCAGUUACUCACCCAACGACUCGGCAUUGCCGAGACCACCGUGGUCGAUACGCCCACCGUAGUGGCUCCACCACCCAAUGGCAGUAACAAUGUUGACCCACAACCUUCGACGUCCGAGCGAAGCACACGGCUCUCCUUUGCCCGCGAUCUUCCUAACCGAACGACGCUUCGAAGACGGCGUACAGUUCUGGAUCAAGACGAUUAUGUUGCAGCGCCUACGGUUCACACUGAUUACCGUCAGCCGCCCAUGACGCUUGUGGACGGCAUUCUCAACAAGGGUAUGAAGAAAUACGGUCAUCCAGCACUGCAAGGGCAAUUGCCGCACCUCUGGUUACCUGUGUCAGCCAAGAGUUAUCGACGCUCAAGUCAUUAUUCUGAAGAUACCACGAAACCUGUGCGAUUCAUGUCAAAUGAUGAGAACAACGAGCGUCAACCGUUGCUAUAUUCGACGUCCCCUCAAAAUGGUGUUCCUGUGCAGCAGCAGCAACAGCAACAGCAACAGCUCGGAGAAGAAGCCCUGAUAGAGGACGAGGAAGCAAGUAGCGUGGAUUCAUCCUCCUCCGAAGAAGACGAAACGGCAGCCCGUGCAAUGUAUUAUCAUCAUCCGGAGCGACGGUCUCGUGCGGUUUUACCCAAUAGCUUCAGCAGCUACAAUAGCAGGAAUAACUACGGAGCAGUUUAAAAAGAAUACCCCCUCCUAGCUUUUUGCAGUAUGAGAAUAUGUGCUAUACCCAUUAGGUGCAACUAUCACUGCAGUAGGAAUACCGAACCUACUAUAACCUAUUUUCGACAACAGAAAACAAAGCACAAACUGUAAACAAUGUUAUAUCUUAUGUAUCACCAUCGAUCAAGUUGUCUUUUAUCCUCCGAUGUAUUGAAUUUUGAGAAUUUGUGUGUAUACGUAUGAUUUUCGGAUUUGUAAGGAGAAGAUUUGUUCAACAAAAAGCUACCAAUAAGCGAUAUAGACAAUCAGAUACCGCUCAUAAAAUGUGCGUAUGUACAACUCACUCUAAUUCAUGGAUGGCCAAGACUAG